AUGCGGUGGUUCUGCUGGCAUGUGCCAGUGAAGAUAAGCCUGGGAUUUCUGUGUCUUUUUCUGGUUUGGAACAUAGCUUCAUGCGUAAGAAGAGAAAAUAAGAGAGAGAAGCAAGCAGCAGUGCUGGCUACCGCAGAGCUGCCUGCAAAGUCUGUGGAUCUGGCUGCUCUUAACCUGACCGAGCUGGUGAACGGCAUGCUGAGCACGGCACUCAGAGGUACCAAAAAACUCUUCUCUUUGCUGAGCGUCACGUCUUACAGCUCGUUUGCCUUCCACAAAGUGUCAGUCACCGUUUAUAACAUUUCUAGCCUGAAAAAUGUUGACCCUGGCAAGUUUCCUAUGCAUUACUGCUACUGUUUAAACAACGUGACAAAUGACUUGACAGAUUUUACAGCUUUACUUGUUGAUACAAUUGGAAACUCCACCAGUUAUCUCACAGAAAUUUUCAAAUCUACUUCUAUUCUCUCAGUGCGUCAGAGCAAUGAUUCAGACUGUAUCUACAUCUGUGUGAUGACAGGCCAAACAGGGAGAAAUCCGUCUGACUUUUGGAAAAUAUUGGAGAAGUCCCCUGUUAUUAAUUACACAUUUUCCGGUAACGCAUCAUCUGACCUGGAUCUAGAUUCAAUUUUUUCAAGCUUCAUGAAAUUACAGGAAGACUCAAACAAAACCAUGGAUCCAUCAGUAGAACACAAGUGGACAUUUAAAACUACCAGCACCCCUCUUGCCCUGAAAGGGGAGGACAUCCCCACCACAAGGUCCCCACCAUGGCCAAAGAUGGUUGGUGUGAAGGGAUCAGGGUUUCCAUCACUGCACGUGGAUGCUUCAAGACCAAGAGGCACAGUUGGAGCCCCUCCGGCUGCUGGGGAGAGCUUGGCCACAUCAUCAGCCUUGCAGACCAGCCCUGUGAGUGAUACGUAUGCAUUUUGGAUGCAGACCAUCCCUCCUCAAGAAGCCAGCAAACUGAUGCAAACAGAGCCAGUUUUGCUUUCCUCUGUACUGCCUACUCCACCCUACCGGCCCGGUGUGACUCUGAAACUUCACUCAAUUGCCCGGUGUCCACAAGCAAUCCUCAAAGAGUCCCGUGUGACCUCACCUCCUGUCACAGUCAUAGUGCAGAAGAUCAAUCCUUGUGUGAUGGAGCUGUGCAGGUUUUUCCAGCUCUGCCUCUGUGUUGGUCGAAGAAAAUAUUCCAGAAAGGAAGCCAUGAGGUACUGUGUUGAAUACUAUUCCUGGUUCUUGAAAAAUGCAAGUUAUGUCUGUGAACAAGUCAAAAGAGUUGCUUACUCCCACACAUUAAAACAGAAAUGCCUUAAAAACAUCUGUAAAUCAGUUUAG